AUGGUCGUACAAAAAUAUUUCAUUUUCACGUUAUUUUGUUUACUGCUGUAUAACUGCUUAGCAACUACAGUAGCAACAACAACAGAACCAUCGAAUACUCUAGCAACAAGAGAAACAACCAAAUCUUCGACAACUGAAGUGCUAACAACAGAGUCAUCCAGUAGUAAUGCACCGACUACAGCAUCGUUGACUACUGAAGUACCAACAACAGUAGCAUCAACUACAGAAGAACCAACAACUGAAUCCUCUACUACUGAUGCACCUACAACUGCAUCAUCAACUACUGAUGCACCAACUACUGAGUCAUCUUCUUCUGAUGCACCAACAACAGAAUCAUCUACUACUGAUGCACCAACAACCAAAUCAUCUACUACUGAUGCACUAACUACAGAAACAUCUACUACUGAUGCACCGACAACCGAAUCAUCUACUACUGAUGCACCAACUACAGAAGCGUCGACAACUGAAGUACCCACAACAGAACCAUCCACUACCGACACACCAACAAGCGAAUCAUCUACUACUGAUGCACCAACUACAGAGGCAUCAACAACCGAAGUGCCAACAACACAAUCUUCAACGACAGAUAAACCGACUACAGCAGCAUCAACUACUGAAGUACCAACAACCGAAUCUUCUACGACAGAUAAACCAACUACAGCCGCAUCAACUACUGAAGUACAAACAACAAAACCAUCCACUACCGAUGCACCAACAACAGAAUCAUUUACUACUGAUGCAAAAACAACAGAAUCAUCUACUACUGAUGCACCUACAACUGAAUCAUCAACUACUGAUGCACCAACUACUGAGUCAUCUACUACUGAUGCACCAACAACAGAGGCAUCCACAACUGAAGUACCAACAACCAAAUCUUCUACUACUGAUGAACCGACUACAGCAGCAUCAACUACUGAAGUACAAACAACAGAACCAUCCACUACUGACGCACCAACAACAGAAUCAUCUACUACUGAUUUACCUACAACUGAAUCAUCUACUACUGGUGCACCAACAACUGAAUCAUCUACUACUGAUGUACCAACUACAGAGGCAUCCACAACUGAAGUACCAACAACCGAAUCUUCUACGACUGAUACACCGACUACAGCAGCAUCAACUACUGAAGUACAAACGACAGAACCAUCCACUACCGAUGCACCAACAACAGAAUCAUCUACUACUGAUUCACCUACAACCAAAUCAACUACUACUGGAGCACCAACUACUGAGUCGUCUACUACUGAUGCACCAACAACAGAAUCAUCGACUACUGGUGCACCAACAACUGAAUCAUCUACCACCGAAGCACCAACUACAGAGGCAUCGACAACUGAAGUACCAACAACCGAAUCUUCUACGACUGAUAAACCGACUACAGCAGCAUCAACUACUGAAGUACAAACAACAGAACCAUCCACUACUAACGCACCAACAACAGAAUCAUCUACUACUAAUUCACCUACAACCGCAUCAUCUACUACUGAUGCACCAACUACUGAGUCGUCUACUACUGAUGCACCAACAACAGAAUCAUCGACUACUGAUGCACCAACAACAGAAUCAUCUACUACCGGUGCACCAACUACAGAGGCAUCGACAACUGAAGUACCAACAACCGAAUCUUCUACGACUAAUAAACCGACUACAGCAGCAUCGACUACAACAGCAUCAACUACUGAAGUACAAACAACAGAACCGUCCACUACUGACACACCAACAACAGAAUCAUCUACUACUGAAUCACCUACAACCGAAUCAUCUACUACUAGUGCACCAACUACUGACUCAUCUACUACUGAUGCACCAACAACAGAACCAUCCACUACUGACGCACCAACAACAGAAUCAUCUACUACUAAUUCACCUACAACCGAAUCAUCUACUACUAGUGCACCUACUACCGAAUCAUCUACUACCGAGCAACCAACAACAGAAUCAUCUACUACUGAUUCACCGACAACCGAAUCAUCUACUACUGAUGCACCAACAACUGAAUCAUCAACUACUGAUGCACCAACUACAGAGGCAUCGACUACUGAUGCACCAACAACAGAGGCAUCCACAACUGAAGUACCAACAACCGAAUCUUCUACGACUGAUGAACCGACUACAGCAGCAUCAACUACUGAAUUACAAACAACAAAACCAUCCACUACUGACGCACCAACAACAGAAUCAUCUACUACUGAUUCACCUACAACCGAAUCAUCUACGACUGAUAAACCGACUACAGAAGCAUCAACUACUGAAGUACAAACAACAGAACCAUCCACUACCGACCCACCAACAACAGAAUCAUCUACUACUGAUUCACCUACAACCGAAUCAUCUACUACUGGUGCACCAACUACUGAGUCAUCUACUACUGAUGCACCAACAACAGAAUCAUCUACUACUGAUGCACCUACAACUGAAUCAUCAACUACUGAUGCACCAACUACUGAGUCAUCUACUACUGAUGCACCAACUACAGAGGCAUUGACAACUGAAGUACCAACAACCAAAUCUUCUACUACUGAUGCACCAACAACCAAAUCAUCUACUACUGAUGCACUAACUACAGAGGCAUCGACAACUGAAGUACCAACAACCGAAUCUUCUACGACUGAUGAACCAACUACAGCAGCAUCAACUACUGAAUUACAAACAACAGAACCAUCCACUACUGACACACCAACAACAGAAUUAUCUACUACUGAUUCACCUACAACCGAAUCAUCUACUACUGGUGCACCAACUACUGAGUCAUCUACUACUGAUGCACCAACGACAGAAACAUCCACUACUGAUGCACCAACAACAGAGGCAUCGACAACUGAAGUACCAACAACCGAAUCUUCUACGACUGAUGAACCGACUACAGCAGCAUCAACUACUGAAGUACAAACAACAGAACCAUCCACUACCGACGCACCAACAACAGAAUUAUCUACUACUGAUUUACCUACAACCGAAUCAUCUACUACUGAUGCACCAACUACAGAAGUUUCGACAACUGAAGUACCCACAACAGAAGCAUUCACUACCGACUCACCAACAACCGAAUCAUCAACUACUGAUGCACCAACAACUGAAUCAUCUACGACUGAUGCACCAACAACUGAAUCAUCUACUACUGAUGCACCAACUACAGAGGCAUCGACAACUGAAGUACCAACAUCCGAAUCUUCUACGACUGAUAAACCGACUACAGCAGCCUCAACUACUGAAGUACAAACAACAGAACCAUCCACUACCGACGCACCAACAACAGAAUCAUCUACUACUGAUUCACCUACAACCGAAUCAUCUAUUACUGGUGCACCAACUACUGAGUCAUCUACUACUGAUGCAUCAACAACAGAAUCAUCUACUACUGAUGCACGAACAACCGAACCAUCUACUACAGAUGCAUUAACUACAGAACCUUCCACUACCAAUGCACCAACAUCCGAAUUUUCUACGACUGAUGAACCGACUACAGCAGCAUCAACUACUGAAGUACAAACAACAGAACCAUCAACUACUGACGCACCAACAACAGAAUUAUCUACUACUAAUUCACCUACAACCGAAUCAUCUACUACUAGUGAACCUACUACUGAGUCAUCUACUACUGAUGCACCAACAACAGAAUCAUCUACUACUGAUGCACCGACAACCGAAUCAUCUACUACUGAUGCACCAACAACCGAAUCAUCUACUACUGAUACACCAACUACAAAGGUAUCGACAACUGAAGUACCAACAACCAAAUUUUCUACGACUGAUGAACCAACAACAGCAGCAUCAACUACUGAAGUACAAACAUUGACAUUGACUACUGUAGCUCCAACUACCAGUUUCGUAUCAAACUUGUUGUCGUAUGGCGAAGAUAUUGGGGAUAUGUCGCUCCGUAAUGUCCAUUUUAGCACGGAUACUGAAUCAGUGCACUUUGAUUUUAUAUCCAAUACGUUUGUACCUCCAAACGGUUUUCCAUUUGGAACUGAUUUUUUUCAUCAGAUAUAUUUUACAGAAAAUGGAGUAUUCAUCUUUCAACAAGUUGGUGACAUUGUAAUGACAAAUGCUCACCCUAACUUGGAAAAUCAAAUCGCUUUCGUUGCUCCCUUUUGGGCGGAUGGGGAUUUAGGUGAUAAUGGUGAUGUAUAUUUUCAGGAAUUUUUUGAAUCGAAUUUGGAGGACUCGGAGAUGAUUAAUGCGGUUGCAGAGGAUAUAAACAACUCACCCCAGGCUAUUAAUAAUCAUAACUUUCGACCAACUUGGAUGCUGAUUGCUACCUGGUCAGAUAUACAUCAAAGGCCGUACGAAAACAAUACACAACAGACCGACACCUUCCAAGGCGUCCUAGCUACAGAUGGCACAUACAGUUUCGUUCUGUUUAAUUACGAAAACGAUGGCAUGAAAUGGAAUGGGAAUACCGAGAGUCCAGCGGAUGCUUUAAUCGGAUUCAGUGCAAACGCAAACAGUGACUUUACAUUGAUACUUAAUCCAAAUGGGACUGAUUCAUUCACUCUAACCAGGCCAUCGCCAAUAACGAUUUUUGAACAGUACCGACCAAACAAAUUCAUUGGAAACAGUGGUCUGUUAGGCAGAUGGAUAUUUAGACUGGAAAAAAACACAGAGACAACUGUUAAUCCACUUCAGAGAUGUACUGACUGGUAUAAAAGGGAGCCCGCUGCAGACACUUGGGUUUCGCAGCGUGUAACAACGUGUCCGUGUACUUUCUGGCAAGCACGUGUAGACGGCCGUUUUACGUGGGCCCCAUCAAUUUCAUUGUUUAGCUUUGGAAGGGGACGUGGCAAUGACGUUGAUUCAUUUCUGACUGCUAAUAAUUACGACCCAGAUUACCUACAAAGAGUACUCUCUUCAACAGUAUUACCAGUGACAUGUUUUCAGUCCGUCAUUCCUCGUAACAAUGCCGGCGUAAGUUGUUGCUACUACGGCAAUCAAUUGCUUGAAGGGUAUUUCGAAGUUCUAGCUAGCAGUUUUGCUCUACGGACCCAAUUUCAAUUCGGAAGAUGGGGAAUUAUACAGAAUUACCACGAGUACCUGCUCAAUGACCUAUUUCCAAGAUAUGAAUGUUGUACAGCUUCUAACGACCGUAGUUACUGCGAUCUAUACUACGAAAAGCGCCCUCCUGCAUCCUGUACUAAUUAUAGACCACCAAGAAUAAGUUGGUUCUGGGGCGAUCCUCAUCUGACAACAUCUGAUAAUUACACAUAUACCUUCAAUGGAAAAGGAGAGUACAUUUGUUCUACCCUUGAUGAUGGUUCAUUCACGCUAAUUGGCCGAAUGUCAGACCCGCUAAGUGGUCCGGUACUGGCCACAAUAUUUUCGGCAUUUGCUGCAUCUUAUUCUCUGGAGAUUGAAACAGUGGUUCAGUUUACAAUGUGGGAGAAUGGUACAGGUUUCAGUAUUCUUGUUAAUGGUACCGAGGAGGUCAGAGUAAAUGAUCUAAUGGAAGGAGAUUAUUUCAACGUUAAUGAUCCUUCGUUUUCGUUGUUCAUAAGCAUGGAGAACUUUACCAGUGGUAGUGACCGUGUGUUUGCAUCUUGGGCUUCAGGAAUAAACAUUGGGGUUGCUGUUACUGAAAAAAUGUUGGAUGUUGUACUGCAGUAUCCACAAACAUACCUGGGUCGGACUAAAGGCUUAUUCGGUAUAUGGAAUGGUAAUAUAAGUGACGACGUUUGCUACCGUAAUGAAAGCUUAUGUUUAAAUCCAAGUCAAAAUCUAACAGAGCGACAACUUUUUGAUGUUGGAAACAGUUGGAGAAUUCGAGAAGAUGAAUCGUUUUUUACAUACAGUCCCGGAAAUACCUACAGUGACAUUAACGACUUACAAUUUGUACCAAUAUUUACCGACGAACUGAUAAGUGAAGCCAACAACGAAUUUCUACAAAACGUUCAGGACGCUUGUGGAACGAGUAAAGAAUGUCUUUACGACGCAUUGGUAACGGAAAACAUAGAUAUUGGUAUCAGCACCAAAGAAACAAACGAGGUUUUCGAAGAAGACGAAAUGAUAUUAGGGCUGUUUCCACCGAAUAUUACUGACAUUCUGGACAUGAGCCCUAUUCCGGUACUCAACGGUUCUCGACAGAUAUUUGUGAAGUUGGGUGAUCCAGUUCUUCUUAAAGUGAUAGAGGGUGCUUCCAUAAACUCAAAUGGCGAAUUUACUUGGACACCUAACAACACAGAUAUUGUCACUGUCAACCUGGUUGUCUCCGAUGGUACUCUUUCUUCUAGUAUUAUCCUGGAAGUUCGACUUUGUCCAUGUGUAAAUGGUGAAUGCGACUACAACGCCUUACUCAACGGAUUUGACAUUGUGGACGAUAUGUUUUCUCUCGUAAACUGUAUCUGCCCAAAAGCAUGGUCAGGUAUUGACUGCUCUGAAGAUUACGAUGCCUGUCUCGAUGAUCCCUGUCAUCCAGGUGUCACUUGUAGAGAUAAUGAAGCCCCUGAAGAAGGAAACACUUGUGGCAUAUGCCCUUCUGGUCUUAUUGGAGAUGGUUUCAAAUGCUAUGAUUAUGAUGAAUGUGCUAUGAUGAUGGACAGAGAUGAUACUCAGCCAUUCUGUGAACAUGAAGAGUUGUGCACAAACACACUUGGAAGCUAUAUAUGUUCUUGUCGUCCUGGUUUUGUCUUGCACCCAAACGGAAAACACUGCCUUGAAAUUAACGAGUGUGAUCAGCAAAUAGAUAACUGCGACAUUAAUGCAGUAUGCAAUAAUACCGUUGGAUCAUUCACUUGUAUCUGUAAUGAAGGCUUUAGCGGGGACGGCACACAGUGUGCAGACGUUAAUGAGUGUUCUUUAUCAAUUUGUGGUGCGAACACUGACUGCAUGAAUACCGUUGGGUCAUUCGUUUGUACAUGUCAGGAGGGAUUUAUUGAUGAUGGAUCCACGUGUAGAGAUGUGAACGAAUGUGAAUUGCGAACGGAUAAUUGUCAACAAAUUUGUAUAAACACUGAUGGUUCCUACAUGUGUAACUGCUCUGAGGGUUUCCAACUCGAUUCCAACCAAAUAAGUUGUACAGCUGUUCAAAUGUGUACGGAAGGCUCAUGUACCAAUGCAGACUGCUUUCUUGAUGGCCAGCCACAAUGCCUUUGUCUAAAUGGAUACGUGGAGGAUAUUACAGAUAACACAACAUGUAUAGACGUGGAUGAGUGUGAUAACAUCACUCUAAACCUUUGUGAUAGGAGGGUUGGAAGCUGUAACAACACACAAGGAGGUUACACAUGCUACUGUGAUAUGGGAUAUGAGUUAGCAAAUGACCAAAGGACCUGUAUUGAUAUCGAUGAAUGUAUUAUCGGCAAUUGUUCAGUCAAUGCAGAUUGUGUCAAUACUGAUGGUUCAUACGACUGCGAGUGUCGUUCGGGAUACAUUGCAAGUGGAAAUGACUGUAUAGAUUUCAACGAGUGUCAGGACGAGUCUGAUGACUGCGACGACAAUGCAUCAUGCCUUAACACAGAAGGUUCAUAUGCUUGUUCUUGUAACAUAGGAUACGUCAGCCAAGAUGGCGGUAACGCACGAAACGGAAGCUGUGUUGACUACGACGAAUGCUUGUACAAGCUAGACAAUUGUGCAGAGGAUGCUACAUGUAGCAAUACCAUUGGUUCAUUUGAUUGCACAUGCAACAGUGGCUAUUCAGGUGACGGAGUGAUGUGUCAAGACAUCAAUGAGUGUAUGCAAGAUCCUAACAUCUGUCCUGAGAAUGAAAACAGACAAUGCAUCAACUUGCUUGGCACCUACAAUUGUCCAUGUAAUGACAACACGUUCAACGAAAGUGGAAAUUGCGUUGCUGUUGAGGCAAUUAUGCUGCGAGUUGUUUUUACUGAUUUGCUUGGUUGGGUGGUUGAUGAUUAUUACCACCUACUUGACUUGGAACAAGCUAUGAUAGACAUUGCUAACGACAUGAAUGCAUACUUUAAAGGAACAGAGUUGUCAGCGAGUUUCUUAGAAACUGUUACCAAUAGCUUCACAAAUAUAUCCGGCGGUGCUGAGACAAUUUUUACUGUAAAGUUCCGUCAGGGAUCUGAUAUUAGUGAAGAGAGAUUACUGCGAGUUUUCUUGGCAAAUUUGGAAGGAAGAGAUAAAGACUUUGUUGAGCCAAACAAUAAAGUUUCACUAGCAGAGACGGCAUCUAUACUUCCUGUCGACCCAUGUGAAGCUAAUACUGACAACUGUUCCGAGAGAUUUUUUACCACUUGUGUUUACAUUGAGAAUGGCAACUACAAGUGUCAUACAUGUAGUGACGGAUAUGAGCUUACAAAUAACAACGACACUUGCAUAGAUAUUGACGAAUGCGCAACCAAUACUGAUGACUGCGAUGUUUCAAUUGAACAGUGUAUAAACGUGAAUGGAAGCUUUUCCUGCCAGUGUCAACCUGGCUAUAGUCGCGACAGUAAUCUCACAUGUACAGAUAUAGACGAGUGUGAUGACUCCCCAUGUUCCAAUGCUAGUGAAGAUUGCAUUAAUGUGAUGGGAAGUUAUAGGUGCGACUGCCAAUCCGGUUACAUCAGUGUUGAUGGAUUAUGUGAAGAUAUUGACGAAUGCGCAGACAAUACUAAUGAUUGUAACGUAUCAAGUGAACAGUGCAUAAACGUAAACGGAAGUUAUGCCUGCGAAUGUCAACCUGGCUACAGCCGCAACACAACUGACAUAUGCACAGACAUAAACGAGUGCGAUGACUUGCCGUGUACUGGCGCUAAUGAGGUUUGCACUAAUCUGAUCGGAAGUUAUAGAUGUGACUGCCUUUCGGGUUAUACCAGUGUUGAUGGAAAUUGUGAAGAUAUUAAUGAGUGUGCUUCCUCAAUAUGCAACGGUCAGGGCGAGGUGUGUACAAAUUUACAAGGAAGUUAUGUUUGCGAAUGUGAGCUAACUUUAGUGCGUGUCAAUGGCAUCUGUUCAGUUGCCCGGAGGUUCAGAGGACAGAUACGCAUUAUUGAAGUCAACAAAUCGGCAGAACUUGCAGAUUGGGAUCCGGCCCUGCUUGAUAAAACUAGUGACAAGUACCAAAACUACGCUACACAUAUAUGCAUCAUUGUUAGUGGUAUAUAUGCUGAAUCUUUACAAACUACAAGCACAUUCUAUGAGUGCAGCAUUAUUGGAUUCAGAGAGGGCAGUAUCAUUGCUGUUUACGAGAUUCUGUUUUAUGUUAAUUCAACGGAUACGGCAGAAAUACUCCUUAAUAUACUGCUCAACGAAACAGAUUUUGAAGACAGACUGUACUCCACUGACAACGCAAUAAGUGUUCGCAUUGAUCCGAGUGAGACCAGUGUUCAAGAGUUCCCUAUAGUCUGUGAAGACGACUAUUGCAAGAAUGGUGGUGUUUGCGAAAUAGACGAUUUAUAUGAUCCAUCAUGCAGUUGCUUAGACGGCUACAGUGGAAAUACGUGUGAAAUAAAAAUAGAUAGUGGCAGUGACACAAUUCUGCGGGUGUUGGUAGUGGUAUUUGGAAGUAUUUUAUUCCUCGUGGUGCUUCUGGCUUCUUGUCUAUGCCUAUUGUUCCUUUUGAAGCGACGAAAAAGAAGACAGCAACCAAAAGACACCCAGCCCUGGCCGAGUAGCAUUCGUCAUCCCGCAGUCAUCUGGAACCCGACCAGGAACAUAAGUACAGAGAGUGAUUCUAAUAGCUCAUCAGAAGCAGUAAUGGAUGAAAGUGAAAAUGGUCACAUGGCCCAUGUAGCUCGGGCUAUUAACGCCAUGUCUAGUCGCUUUGAUAAUCUGAGGCCUGAUAUGUAUAACGAUGACGCAUCUAGUAGUAGUCAGUUCAUCAGACCAUACGUUGUCACUGGAAUGGAGGCGGCUGAACAACAUGGUAUCUAUGAUGACCAUGCGCCGUUUAGCUAUUUAGACAAUUCUCGUGCAAGUCCAUUUGAUGGGUUUCCGAAUCGUGGGUUUAGAACAAAUGACCUCAUAAACGAAGAUUCGGGUGAUGAUUCUGUCAGUUAUUACUAAGCCAAAAUUAAAUGAGUUGUAGUCCAGUCAAGGUUGUGCGAGUUAAACUUUAUACAGUAUAACAACGAACAAUCAAAAUAUGCAUUUCACUCCCACCGGGCAUAUGGAACCUUUUGACUUUAAGAAGACAACACAAUCAUAUGACUGAAUUUAAGAAAUGACGUUCGCAGUCAAUAUCCUUUAUAAACUGUCUACUCUGCCAUCAAGCGAUAUUGAAAGGAAAGAAUAGCUGUUAUGCAGUACUUUCUAUCUUUGUGCAAUGGUUGUUGUAUGCUGCAGCAUCAGACACGAUUAAUAUACGUUAAUUAGUAAUAGUCGCUGAAGUCGUUUUGUCGUGAGACUGAACCAAAACUGAAAUACAGUCAACUGACCAAUAGUUAGGAGACUCGACCCGAUUUUUUUUUUAACGUAAUAAGGUACAAGAUUGUGUGCCAAUAUAAUAACUUAAAGGAAUACAAUGUGUUUGCAAUAGGCCAUGAUGUAAACAGUUAUUUAUUUUUCACAAUUUUUCAUUAUGUUUUUGCAGUUAAGUUGUGACUGGCUGUUGCAACUACCACAUUGCUGAAAAACUGUUGUCUAGUAUUACUUUAUUUAAAUCGUACAAAUUCUUUUGACUGACUUUGAAAAUAUCUGAUAAAAACGAUAGCCUAUUAGAUGCUGUAUAAAAAUAUAAGAAAAACCUUUAUCCAAAACAAAUUGCUUUAUCAUAUUUCUAUUAAGGCUCAACAGCUUUUUAAAAUAUUUAUGAUUUUUUAGUUCGGUAAAAAUGUUAAGUAUACAAUCAUCACUGGCUCCUAUAUCCCAACUAGACUGCAUGUAUUUCCAGUUGCAAGUUCUGAAAUAGUCUGUCAUUAGUGUCAUGGCCGUUUUGUCUACCUUUCCAGAUAAAUAAAGGUCUAUAAUUUUAUAUAAUUUACUCAUAAAUUUCGGAACAUUUACCAAUCAUUCCAAUGUAUUGAAAUUAUAAAUUAUUGAAAUUAAUUUUAGAUAACAUUAUUUAGUAGUUAUUAUGGUUGAAGAUCUGUGUGCCUAUUGAAUCACAUUUUGCAUUCAUUAGGAUUCCCAAAUUGUUAUGAUUUUUAUAUGCUACUCGAUACUAUUCUUCUAAGUAAAAUAAAUUUAAUUUAAUAGACCUAAUAAUGAUAUUUAAAAUAUUUAAAAACAUUAAUUAAAUACUAUUGGAAUCAGUACUUCAUAUAUGCCUUGAAUAUAAUUUUUAUAAUACGAAUAAAUCAAUAUCUUUUAAUAGAAAACCAUUAAUAAGUGAUUUAGAUUAAAGGAUUAGUACUGUAUAUUGCUAUUUAUUUUUAUACUACAAAUAUGCGCUAUUCUACUGUGUAUUUUAAACAUAUAUCAUUAUGAUUAUUGUAAGUAUUAUUUGUUUUAAACGCUAAGUUUAUGUAUGAUACAUUUGUAUAGAUAUGCGACGAACAAAUUAUUUAUUUGGAUAGUUAGUCAUCUUUGACUUUCGGUGAUGUAUUCAUGUAUUGCCUGAAGUGUUAUUUAGGCAGUAUUGAUGGUAAUAUGUACACCGUUUAAACAGAUCUAAUAUUUAUUACAAUUUCCUUUUUAUACGAUAUAUUGUAGAGGAAAGCAAAAAUAGAUUGUUUAUUAAAUUUUUAUACUGAUGACG